UUCCGGGUAUUUCUGGAUGUGCGCACGAAAGAAUUCCAUCUGCACCCUGUCCUAAUUGGAGAUAUUUAAAUUUUUAAACCUGAAUAGUUGAAGCAUAAACAACUGGUUUUUUCUACGCAGCUUAGAAAAUUGUCCAAAAGCUAGUACAGGGUGGCACUUCACACUGCUUUCUUCACGUUGGGAGACCUCGAGGAAGCAAAGCAACUGCCAUUGUUAAGAUUAGAGAAAUGGAAGCUGAUGCAUUACGAGAGCUACUCAGAGGAAGAGACUUGAUAUUCACAUGCACGUUUCUAGGGUGUAAAGAUGUGGUGAUGGGACCAGAUGUGAAAGGUGUGGGUGCCCAGGUUUUAAAGAAAUUAAUGGCAAGACAACCAAUAUAUUUUCGUGAUGGGUGCAAAUUCAUAGAAGGUUAUAAAGUACAAAUCAACUUGAAAAAUGUCAGGAUGGAGAACCUAUCCUCUCAAAAGUAUGAACACUCCAUCAACGGAAUAUCAUUCAUUACUGGACACCCAGCUGACAAAACAAUAUUUGGCUAUUAUGUGCGCAGUCAACCUUGCCCCACUGGAUAUAAGUGCUUUGCUGUUAAGUCCAACCAGGCAACGCUAAUCGUUAAAAUCUUGAGGAAAGUUGUGGAAGUUGCGAAUAAUACCAGAAAAGAGGCGGGAUCAUCAAAGGAGCGCCCAGGCAGGUUAUCUCAAAAGACGAAAGGUGGCAAUGGCAUUCGGUCAGUUGAUAACCGUUAUGGUUUGGAGGUUGGAUCUAUGGUAGAAGUUCCAAAGGCGAAUGUUGUUCUCAGAUAUGGUGUCGUUCGCUGGAUCGGAAGUUUUCCACAAGUGAAGGAAAAGGUGGUUGCAGGCCUGGAAUUGGAAGAGGAAGAGUCUGCAUGUUUAGAUGGAACUUUUCAAACAAAAAGAUACUUCACCUGUCCACCAGGAAAAGGAUUGUUUGUUUUGUUAAAGCAUUGCCGACCAGAUUCACGAUUAGACCAGCGACCGACAGAAGAAAAGGAGCAUGAAGGAAAUGUUCACAGGCUGGUACGAGAACUGGAGGAGCAGGUAACACAUCUACAAGCAGAACUACGAGAGAAAGAGCUGAGAGAGAACAACUUACAUGAACAGCUGAAGGAGAAAGAACAACGUGAAGAAAAUUUACGAAAACAAUUACUUGAGGUGGAGCAGCAGCUGACAAACUUACGAGGACAAUUACAAGAGAGAAAUGAACAACUAAGGGAUGUCACCCAGCAAAUGACGAUUGUCCGAGGGCAGCUACAAGAAAAAUAUGAAGAAACUGCUCAUUUACAGAAUCAAUUGGAGGAAAAAGACCAGGAAAUUAUUGAAUUGGAAACAACUCUGUCUACUGCUCAGGAUGAGUUACGUGAUUAUCAACGCCAACAGUCCCCCGAGUGGGUCAUUUCACGGGAUCGCAUUCAACUGACUGGUAAAUUUCUCGGCAGAGGAGGCUGGGAAAGUGUUGUCGAAGGCAAAUAUUGUGGUUGUUCUGUUGCAGUGAAACAGAUUCAUGAGUUGAUUCUCUCUCCUCACAACCUCAAAUUAUUUGAGCGAGAAAUGGAAAUUGCCUCAAGAUGCCGCCACCCUUGCUUGCUGCAGUUCAUCGGAGCUACAAAUGACGAAGGGAAUCCACUGUUUGUAACAGAGCUGAUGGAAACAAGUUUACGCACUCUGUUGGAACAGAGAGCUCUUUCUGAGGUUGAAAUCUCUUUUAUUUCUCUGGAUGUUGCUCGGGCACUAAACUACCUUCACCAAAAGCAACCAUCUCCCAUUAUUCACCGCGACAUCAGGAGUGCAAAUGUGCUACUCUGCCGACAAGGGGAACACUGGCGAGCCAAAGUGUCAGAUUAUGGAACUGCCAACUUUAUGCAGCAGACCAUGACAGUUGCUCCUGGUGCUAUGAUAUAUAGUGCCCCUGAAGCAUUUACUAAAAUUCAAACCGUCAAGGUUGAUGUUUACAGCUUUGGCGUCCUCCUCUGUGAGAUGUGCAUCCGAGAAAUGCCAGAUCCAGAAAAGCGUGUGAGGCAAGUUGCUAUGGUUAAAAACAAAUUGAAUCGAGCCCUUAUCCGUGGAUGUUUGCAAUCAGAGCCUGAGGCGAGACCAAGUAUACAGGAGAUCAUUGAUGAACUUGAGGAACCUAAUUAAAAUAGGUUGGUCGGUACAGCUAUAAACAAUGUAAAUGUAAUGGUAUUUAUGUUACAAAGGUCAUUUCUGAUAUAAACACUGUAAUGGUAAAGGGUAUGUAUGUUACAGAGGGACAUCUCUUGUGUAUGUAUCCCCCUAGAAUAUAAAGACAUGAUUAGAUUGAUUUUACUCAAAUUAAAUUCAAAAAUUUAUUUUUAUACUCAGGAUGUAGAAAGGCAUGAAAUUCCAAAGGAAUUGAAUGGAAAAUAAUAGGAAUACUGUUAACUGAAGACAUUUACCAUGUGGGAGAUUGUCCUUUUUAAGUAGUGUGAAGAAAGACUUUAUGAGCAAACAAGUUUUUUGAUUACCUUUUUAGCUACUACAGUAAGGGGAUGUCAUUUUUAUUCCUCAGUUUUAGCUAAACCAAUUUGAGUCACUGGCGUGCGAUUGGUUAAAUGCCCAUUAUGCCUCUUACCAUAUGCCUGGCACUUUUAAGGUUAUUACGCAGUACUGCACUGAACGUUCUUUCUGCGAAUAAUUUCACACCCAAUUACUGCGCGCACAUUUAAAAAUUGGAGACUUUUCUUAAUGGUCGUUGCUUACCAGAGGUAAAUUGUCACCUUCUUCAAACGAGCACGUCGAUCUAUCAUUUUUAUUCUCUCCUGAAGUUGGGUAAUGACUUUAUUCUCGUACAUUAAAUGUCAGUAGAAUUCAAUUUUUGAAAACGCAAAUUUUGCACGAACUGGUAACUAUAGUUUACAAGAUAUUAUGGAAAUUAUUUGGGUACGUAUACUAGGUACCGCUGCUCCUAAACGAAAACUGGGAUCUCAAUUUUCAAUUUCAAAAUUUGCAUUCCAACACGAUAAUGUGGAGAAUCAUGACUUAUUACUCCCUGAUCAUGACUUAUUACUCCAUAAUCAUGACUUAUUACUCCCUAAUCAUGAUCCAUCGCUCCAUAAGGAUUCAGUCUUGGAACUUUUCAGCAUGUAGAGGGCAAUUUUUGCCUCUUUAUAAGGUCUGUAAGGAAAAUAUGAUUCCGUCCAUUUUUAACCCGUUUAUUUCUACCCUCCUUGAUUAUGUUCCUUAAAGAGAGCCAAGUUACAUGUGUAUACUGUUGUACAGAAUUUAACACAGCUCAGGCUACCUACCUCUUUAAGUAAUGAGAAGAGGAGGGGAGGGACUGCUACAGUUAUUGAAGGUAAAGAAAUCUUUCUUGUUCUUUCCUGUUUUGAGUUAUUAACUUUGUGUAUCAAAAUAAUGGGGAAGAGAGAGGCAUAACUAGUUUGGCGCAAAAAAAAUUUUUGUUUGAUUUCCCCAUUUACCAGCCCUCCCUACAAACAAAUAGGGAACACUCUGUUAUUGUAAAUAACAAUCUUGCUCAUUCUAACAAACUUCAUUGUAGCAAUCCCCAUAAAUGCUUUUAAGUUAAAUCAACGGCAGGAUUAGUUUGAAAAGUUACAGCUGUAAUAGGAAUGUUUAUAAUAGUUGUUUAAAAAGCUACAAAUUAAGUAGAAGACUAAGCUAUGUUGCAGUAAGUUAAUUAAGUGAGGGUAGACUAAGGUAUAAUACAAAAUAUUUUAGUUUUCGUAGAUAAGUAAUAAGAUGCCCUGGAGAACAAACCCAGGGUCCUAGAUAUACUUUUACAAAUAUGAUGUAUAUGGCAUUUCCAGGAAAGAUUUUCAUUAAUGAGUACUCCAAAAAAGUUGACCAACCGUGGUCGACUUAGUAAGAAACCUUCUAGUGACAUGCGUAUAUCGCUAUUAAUUAGUUUUAUUUAGUCUUAAAUUCUACAUAAUUAGUCUUCUUGAUAUUUAAGUAAAGCCAAUUUACGAGCUAAGUGGCUCAUCAGGCAGGCACUUAACUCCCGUUUCCGUAGCAUGAAGCGACUAGAAACAUUCACGCUACUCCCCACUGGAUUGAAUGUUAGCCCAUCGCAGCGUUACCCCCAACAUUAAAUUCGCUGGUACCUAUUUAAUUCUCCUGGGUGAAGAGAGGCAUUGUGAGAGUAAAGUGUCUUGCCCAAUAACACAACACAAUGUCCCCGGCCAGGGCUCGAACCUGGACCACACAAUCCGGAGUCGAAAGCAGCAGACAUAAGGCCAUUUCCCCUCUCAUUUCUUGAUAUUUACCCAUAGCUUAUAGGUUUUAAUUCAGGUAUUAACAUAUUCAAGUUUGUCGUCGAAACGGUAGUUAAUUGACCGACAUCCGAAUGAGAAUAGGAUAUACUAUUAUGUCAGUGGACAGGAAUAUCUAUGUAUACAUGUUUUUGGGCCAAAUAUGGGCAAUCGUUUAUAUUAUUUUGCUACAGAGUGAGUCAUCGUCUUUUCCAAACAGAGUUUGGGAUUUAUGCGUAUUGAUGACCCAUAGUGAUAAAUAUAUACACCAAUGAUUCUUGAAGCUGGACAAUUAAAAGUUUCGCAGAUGUGUGUAAAUUCAUAAUGUAGCUUUAGUCGUUCCAAGCAAGGAGAAAGUACUAAGACGUUUCUCUGAAAGUUACACACUAUUUUAAAAGCGCCAAGCUUGUCGAAAUGUAGUAUACCGAAUUCGUAAUAUGGCCCACCUUUUCAACAAUAACAGACGCUAAAUGGGCACUGGUCUUCAAGUAGGUAAUUUUAUUCUUUCAAAGUAUUUUUAUCGUUGAAUUUUAUAAAGGCAGGGUAGUUUUAAACUAACACGACUGACCAAGUUCUCAGGUUAGAAAAUUUAGAAAAGUUGGUUUUAUGAUCUGAGACACAAUUCAAUAGUAAGUUUGUGACUCAGUUUAAUUAGUGUUCAUUCUUUUCCUUCAGUAAUUGGUUAUGAUGAUACAUAAAAUUAUGGUUUCCCCAGAGUGUUUCUAAGUUAGCCCACUCAGACUUUUUGAGCUUCCUCCACUUCUUUAGCUUUUUAUAUCAUGGAAAAAUAUUCCAAUAAAUAUCUUAAGUUGAUUUUAAA